AUGCUGCGCGGAAAAGUAGAUCCGAAGAAAGAAGAGCAGGAUAGACUGCAGGGAUUCCUGCUCGAAAUGCUCAAGGAAGAAGAAAACAAGUACUGUGCGGACUGCCAGGCGAAAACUCCAAGGUAAACGUCUUCGAAGCCUUCUUUCGAAAUUUCAAAUGAAUCAAUAUUCCUUUUAGAUGGGCAGCUUGGAAUUUGGGCAUCUUCAUUUGUAUUCGUUGUGCAGGAAUCCAUCGAAAUCUUGGAGUUCACAUUUCGAAAGUGCGCUCAGUUAAUCUGGAUUCGUGGACAGCCGAACAAGUGCAGACCAUGCGGGUCUGGGGAAACGAGAAGGCACGGCAAGUGUACGAACACGAUCUGCCCGCUCAGUUCCGCCGUCCAACGAACGACCAGCAAAUGGAGCAGUUCAUUCGGAGCAAGUACGAGCAGAAACGGUACAUGCUCCGCGACUUUGAGCCCCCGAAGGUGAAUGUCAACGACCUUCCGAAAUCGUUGACUCAGAUACAAAAAAAGUGUGGAACUCCGGUUGUAAGUAUUGCGACAAGAGGAAAUGCGGUCGUCACGACCAACGGACACUCUGCAGCUUCUCUAGUGAGCAUUAAUCGAUGUAUUCCCCUAACAUUCACCUUCAGGCUCCUUCCCUUCUCGAUUUCUCCGACCCUCCGGCCAGUAGCACUCCCGCCCAAAAAGUGACGAAUUUGUUUGACGACUUCGACGGACUCAGUCUUCAAUCUUCUGCACCAGCGGCGGCACCGGCUUUGGCUCAAUCAGCGGCGAACGACGAUUUUGAUGAUUUCGGAUCGUUCGUUUCAGCCAGUGCUCAAUCUGCAGCUCCUUCUGCGUCAGUCGGGGGAUUCGCAGACUUUUCAUCUGCUGUUUCGACAAAUUCUCACGCUCCAGCUGCCUCAUCUGGCCUUUCCGGUUAGUGCUCUGUCGUAUUGAUAACCUAUUCAACGCAUUAUAGAUCUGACAAAUUUUACUCCUGCCGGGAACGAAAAUGGAAAGAAAAAGACGAACGCGGACAUCCUUUCUCUGUUCGGCACUUCCGGGGGACUCGCCGCUCCGAGCGUCGUUGCACCUGGAGGAUUUGCCGGCUUCGGUUUACAGGCAGCUCCGCAGCAACCUCAAACUUCCCAUCAGAACGCAUUCGCCGCUUUUGGGGCAGCUCCUGCUCCAGUCCAGCAACAAAUGGCUCCGCCACAGAAUGAUUUGUAUAGUGGCCUUUCGGGAAUCAAUUUCGGAGGGCUGUCCACGCAGCAGAACCCAGUCCCACUGCAAAGUUUUGGCACUUCGUUCGGAGCGACACAGUCGAGCUUCGGGGGCACCACUUCGCCUUCGUUCAGUGCCAGAGCAACGCCUACUUCGCCGACUGCUUCUCAAGGAUUCAAUAUCCCGAACAAAAUCAACGCUUUUGCUGAUUUAGCUCUCGGAAAAGUAAUUAUUACAUUGGAAAAUUACUAUAAGCAUUCCAAGUUUCAGGUUAUGAAAACGAAUUACGGGCAAAAUGCUUUGCAUGCGACGUCUACUCCGUCUGCCAACCAGACUUCUCCCCUGCCAAUGACGACGCCGCCAAUGAUGACCACGUCGUCCACAAACGCUGUCAACAAUGACUUGUUCGACAUGUUCGCCACGGCGCCUCCUCCAGUGCCCGUCGCCGCUAACUCGUCUUCCGGUCUCGAUGACCUGCUGGGGCUCUAG